CUUUCCCGGAAGAGAAGCGAUUCAAUUCAGGAACGCUUGCCUUCACAAUUCAACGUCGUAGCUGUAUUUUGCAUUGAAAGGGUUACGCUUCAGAUAGAAAGUGACACUAAUCUCGAGUACCUCGGGUCGCUGAGUUUGUAUAAAUGACCAGGCAUGACUUCGACGGAGCGAGCGGUGUUAUGUUGUCGCUAGUAGUCUCAUGUUAGCUACCGUUUUCUCUGCGUUUCAUAUUCUGAACCACGAUGGCUUCGGAGCAGAAGACAAGCUGGGUAUUGGCUGGUGCUACCGUCGCAUGGGUCCUUGCUCUCUAUGUCCCCUGUGUCCAGAGGACAGUCCCCGGUGGAGAUUCAGGAGAGUUGAUCACCACUGCCUGUGAGCUGGGGGUGGCCCAUCCUCCUGGAUACCCAAUCUUCACUCUACUAUCUCGCCUGGCUAUGCGUCUUCUUCCCACACUCUCACCAGCUCACAGCGUCAACCUAAUGAGCAGUGUGCUGGGGGCUUUGGCGUGUGGCACCCUCUGCAUGACUGUGUGCAGGCUGACUGGUCCUGGUCCUGGAGCAGCACUUGCUGGAGGAGUCUUCGCGGUGUCGAGGCUCAGCUGGCAAUGGUCUAUGGUCGCAGAGGUCUUCGCCCUGAACAACCUUUUCACCGGGCUGCUCUUCCUCUCGACUGCUAAUUUUCAUUUGGCUAAGAAUGCAGCGGAAAGGAGGAAGGUCUCACAAUGGGGUGCACUAUGCUGUGGUUUGGGGCUCUGUAACCAGCAUACCUUGUUGCUGUAUGUGCUUAUAGUCAUACCGUGGGUCUUCCUUAGACUUUACUCCCACAGGGAGCUCUCAUUGUUCAGCAUUGUGUCUAUGGGAACAUGCUUCUUGCUGGGUUUCCUGCCCUACAUCUACCUACCCCUCUCUUCCUACAUGAACUCGGCCCGUUGGAGCUGGGGGGACCAGACCACAAUAUCGGGCCUGCUAACACACCUGCUGAGGGCUGAAUAUGGCACCUUCAGUCUGGCAAAGACAAACAGCUCUGUGAACCUAACCACAAUGAUUUCGGCCCAGUUGGACCACUACCUGGCAGACCUUUCUCUUCCUGUUGUGGUUCUGGCCGGAGUAGGCCUCCUUCUCUCCUCAAGGAAUGGAAUAUGCUGCUCCCUGUCCUGGUUGUUGACUUCCAUGCUGUUCGUAUAUUCACUGUUUUUUGGUUGGAGAGCCAACUUGGACAUCAGUAGACCUCUACUGCUUGGUGUGGUUGAGCGUUUUUGGAUCCAGGGUGAUGCUGUAGUGUGUGUGCUGGCUGGCCUCGGUUUAAGCCUCACAAUAUCUGUGCUGGAGCACAAGCUGGGCCAUGCAGGGUUGUGGAAAACAACAGGCUGGAUCCUCACCACAGCUCUACUUGCAAAUAUGGCACACACUAAUCACAGGGAAUGUGAUCAGAGCAAGAACAGUGUGGUGGAACGUUUUGGCAGGGAGCUUUUCGCUUCCUUCUCGGCGAAUGCCAUCGUCCUGACCAGAGGAGAUCUGCCAGGGAACUCCCUCCGCUACCUGCACUAUUGUCUUGAUGUACGGCCCGAUGUGCGACUGGUUGACCAAGAGAUGAUGACCUACACUUGGUAUGUGGCCAAGCUGGGUCAUCACCACCCCCGAGUCCAUUUUCCUGGCCGUCAUUGGGACCCAGUCCGAUCCAAGGAGAAAGACACCUUCAGUCUGGAGCAGUUUCUGGCCCGUAACUCACAGAUGGAUGUGUUUGCCUGUAUUGGGAUGUCUGAAGGAGACCACAGCUGGAAACAUAGCUUCUCCAGCUGGCCCUUUGGGGUGUGUGACUUCUUGGUACCUGCCCAGCGUCAGUUACACCCCAGGGAGUGGGCCCGGCUUACACGCAGCCUUUACAGCUGGAGCGAGCCACACAGCAGUUUCCAUCUCGCAUCUUGGGAGCGUGUGGCGAACGAGGAGAUGUGGCAAGCCAGGAUGAAGACGGCUUUCUUUCUGUUUGACCUGGCAGAGAGGAUGCAGGGAGAGGGCAAAGCUGACCUUUUUGAGCUGUCUUACUCUCUGUAUAAGGAGCUUGUGGAGGCCCACUCCGACUACCCUCCAAACUGGGACAAGAACCUGGCACUGGCCUGUGAGAGGCUACUCCGCUCAGGUCACCAGGGCCACAAUCCAGACAGCCUGCUGACCUGCAGCAUCCAGCACUUUAGCCUGUACUUGGACAAGGAUCCCACAGAUCCGCAGGCGCCCGCCAUACGCUCGGCAAUUGCCCACCUUCUGAAGGAGAGAGACCGGCGCCCCAAGCGCCCCAAGCAAACCACAUGACAGGUCUUAUGUGGGGGUGACAUGCAGAAGGUGUGAAGCUGAUCUACAAGUAAUAAGCCUCUUGUUUUUCCACACUGGACUUACUAAAAUAGGAGUUGGCCAUACUUGUACUGGACUCCAGGAAGCCUUGAAUGACCUCAACAAAGCACCCUGUGCACCCAUUUCGACUCGCCCAUUUGAUUGCUUUAUCAUUACAUCUUCUGCUCCUCCCCCCCUCCCUGCCCAUGCAGCUUUUAAUGUACUGAUUAUUUUUGCCUUGGCCCCCGCUCCACUCUUUUUUUUUUUCCUCACAUUAGGACGACGAGAUUGAGGGAAACCCAAUUUCGGGGCAGAAAUGGGGGAUUAGAGCAGCUGUUUAAUCUAGGACAGACUUGCACUGUGCCACCCAGUCCACUCUCCACACGCCGAGCGCUUGCCACCCAUCCCCCUGUCCAUCAAUCAGUCGAUCUUAGAUGGUCUUUUAAAUGUUUAAAACUAAUGGAUUCGGCUAGGGUUUUUUUUUUUUUUUUUUUCCCCACCCGUCGCUCUUCCGGUAGGCCUGUAAUCUCUCAUGGAUUUAAAUGAAAUAUGAAAUGUCACAAUGCCAGAGACCCUUUUAAAGGUGUGUGUGUCAAUUUGCUUUGAAUCUCUAUGCAUUUGUGUCAACAUGCAUAGCUCUUAUGCUCCAGACCCAUCUAGACAUUUUCAGAGAAGGGAACAGAAGUUGAGCGAAGUCCACAUUUAUAGAAAAACUGACACAUGAGCACUGAGAUAAUAUGGAGGGUGCUUCUGUGGAUAUAUUCUGGGGCACAGAUUUAUGCUAAAAAAACAAGUUAUAGAUACAAGUCGCUUUGGUUCCCCGUUCGGUUUUAUUGGUUUAAUAAAGAAAUCGGGACUAUGGAAGAGUUCCUGUUAUUGUUACCCACCGCAUUGGUGACCUCACAGGUUGUAUGUUUACAUUUGUGAGGUGUGCUGUCUUACGCCCUCUUUCCAUUUUUUACUUUACUUGUCUCCCCUCCGCCCUCUUCCCCGUCUUCCCCCAAAACCCUCUUCUGCUCUCCUGUUCCCUUUCUCUGAGAGUCAGUUGCCCACCCUAAAUCAGCAAGCUGCCGAGGAUUGUGGGAACCCAUGGAAUCGGCGUGACUGAGGAUGCAGGCAGGGAGCCACGACAACUCUGGAAUGUGGGGCGUCUGAGGAGAUAAGAGCUUCUGUGAGCCCAGCCAGGGAGAGUGGAGCGAUGGGGCAAGGAUGCGGGGGGGGGGGGGCAGUGAGGGUGAGACAGGAACACAGAAAGCAGCAGGUCUAUGAAUGGGGAGACAGAAAGACAACAGCAUAAACAGCCAGAGAGUAAGACAGUGCGAGAGAGGGGCGGGAGACUUAGGAGGGGCACACUCCGGAGAUGGGAAGCCAGCCUUAUUCCUCUUUGCAUUUCAUUUACAUCCCUGGCCGUAUCGACCAAUCGGAUUGGGAGCAAAGCCCAGGGCUUAGGAGGGGAAUAAAAAGACAAAAUGUCUUUGCUGCUCUCAUCCCUCCCUGAUAAUACCCUCUCUGUUUUUCUUUUUUCCUCCCGUCUAUAAGUAGAUAUUGUCCGAAAUGCCAGCAGAAAAAAACGACACCUCCGCUUGCUGUGUAUCUCAGAUAGACUGAGCGCGGAGCAGGGGCUGAAAAGACAGCUUUAGCAACUGGGCCUAUCUCCACUCCUCUCUCUGGCUGCAUGCAAGCUGGGAGUGGAGGGAGGCGGCGGCUUGGGACGUGGUGGCUAGUGUUUGGGAAGAGAAUAGAGGGUGUGAGAGGCAUGAUAUACAGAGCUGGCCGCAGUUUUCGCCGAAUCUUACACUCUGGAAAAAACUUUGCUCGCAGAUCCCAUUUUUAAGCAUGAGAAACCUGUUUCAAGGGUGCUUACCAGGACAGCCACCCAUCUUUGUGCUGGCUGCCAACUUCUGCCACCAAACUUCUACACGCAUUCUUUGUUGUUGCUCAAGCGUGAGUGCUAAGUUGCUGCUUUGAGUGGAACUCUUCAGGAUCACUAACUUCACAUAAACCAAACUAUCAUAAGUAUUGGGACACCUGCCCGUUGCAUUACAUUGCAUGACACCCACAGAAUGGGUCUGGGAAAACUUUCUAGGAUGUUUUGGAUUUUUUUCUCCAUUCAUCAAGUGGAACGCUUGUGAGAUGAAACGUUGCUGAUGUUGGAUGAAAGUGGCUUACUCAGUCUCUGUUCUAGUGUUGGAUUGGGUUGAGGUCAGGGCUCAACACAUCCAAGCACAUUUAUUGCUAAUUUUUAACAAAAUGUUGACUACAAAUAACUGUUCACUUAUUCUGUACAUAUGGAUUACAUUAAAUGUGUUUUUUUUUUUA